UCGGCGGAGUAACGCAACAGCUGCGCGGGGACAGAGCCGGGAGGAGCGGGGGGGGAAAAACCCAGUCGAGCGGUGGGAGUCGGAUCCCCGCUUGUUAAGCCACAGCACCCGAGAUGCAUCGUGACUCUUGUCCACUGGAUUGUAAGGUUUAUGUAGGUAACCUUGGUAACAAUGGCAACAAGACUGAAUUGGAGCGGGCUUUUGGAUAUUAUGGACCACUCCGAAGUGUGUGGGUUGCAAGAAAUCCUCCCGGCUUUGCUUUUGUUGAAUUUGAAGAUCCCAGAGAUGCAGCUGAUGCUGUUAGAGAACUAGAUGGAAGAACACUUUGUGGCUGCCGGGUAAGGGUGGAACUGUCGAAUGGUGAGAAAAGAAGUCGUAAUCGUGGUCCACCACCUUCUUGGGGUCGUCGACCAAGGGAUGAUUAUCGGAGAAGAAGUCCUCCACCCCGACGCAGAUCACCACGAAGAAGAAGCUUUUCUCGAAGCCGGAGCAGGUCCCUUUCAAGAGAUAGAAGAAGAGAGAGAUCAUUGUCACGGGAGAGAAAUCAUAAGCCUUCUCGUUCCUUUUCCAGGUCUCGUAGUCGCUCUAGGUCAAACGAAAGGAAAUAGAACAUCGGCCUUCAAGAGGAGUGAUGUACAGGAAGUAGCCCUUCAUUUGACAGGAGCAUGUACAGAACAUUACAAGUUUUGUUUGAGCCUUCAUAAGCUCAGUGCAUUUUUAAAAUGUUUUAGCUGUUAAAAUUUGUUUAUUGUCUUGUAACGGUGACACAUGUAAAGAUGUGUAUCUGUAUGGUUUGAAACAGAUCAUAUAAGGCAUGUAAUACCAAGAAUUUGUUACUUUACAGUGUUCCCUUAAACAAAAUUUUAAUUUCUAUUGAUUGCUAUUCAGUUUAUUUUGCAUCAGUUUGCAAAUUAACCUGUAAAGCCUGCAGUGGCCAAAAAACACUUGACACUGUGUCUUCUGGGGGGAAAAUGAGAGACUACGUUGGAGAGAACCUUGGUUUUUGUCCACAUCAGAGUUACAUGUAUGGCUGCAGUUAAACAUAAUGCAGUGUUUCAAAGCUCUUCUUAGAACAGGCCAGCAGGUAAAUUGGGACGUAAAAAGCAUACCAAAAUAAGACAUUUGUUCAAAAGGUGUGAUGGCAGUUUUCGAAAAGAAAAAAAAAUUUUUUUUGUUUCUAAGUGGACUUUUAUCUUGAAUGAACACCUUAAAAGAUUUUGAAGUUUUGUUUUUCCACUUAAGGUCAUACAUUCUUUUUGUAGUUGAUGCACUGUGAGUAAAUAACUGGUGAUAUUCAAAAUUAGCCAUUCACACAAACUUUGAGUUUAAGGGUACAUUGUAGAGAUGAAACUUUUUGAGUUACUGUGCAAGAUUUUUUUCAUGAUGUCAUUUGUAACAUGUUUUGUGAGACCUUCGGGAUUAAAGUUUUGGUUACAAGUUGUUGCUUAACUUGAAUACUUAAAAGUUUUCCUUGUAGAACCUAAUUCAGCCUAUGAGCUUGGUACAUGCAGUCCAGGUUUAAACAUUCCUAUCAGAAGCCAUACUUAUAUUUUUCUUGUUAAAGUGCUUUUGGAGUAAUAAAAUACUAGCUAGCCUAUUUGUGUGAUAGCCAGUUGAAUCCACUGUUCAUCACAGUUCUUUGUAUAAAAGCAGUUGAUUGCACAAAGCUGCUAUUUUAUGAGUUGGACUUGAUUAUUUUGAGAGUGGUUUCUUGGUGGGGUGGUUUGUUAUUUUAGGUAAUCAUAGUUGCCCACUCCUUAAUAAGAGAAGCCAGUUCAGGGUUCAUGAUACUGAAACUUGCUCAGAUGAAUAAUUCCAGGAUAUAUUUCAUUGUAAACCAAAUUGAAAUAGCCUUAGAGGCUUUCAAGCAUGAAAACAAUUCUCACUUAAAUUUAGAUUGCUUCCAUUCUAUAAGUUGAGGUGUUGCAUGGGAAUUCCAAACUAAGCAUCAUGAUGUAAAAUUCACAUUAUAGCUCAAAUGUAACAGUGCAGAACUGAAAAUAUGGAGGCAUGCUUAACCUUCCUAGAUUCUGGGAGGCAUUGUGAUUUCAAACUUUUGUGCACUUAGAUUAAAUCAUAAUGUAACAGUUUUGUGGCUUAGUUUCCUUAAAUGUGCUUUUUAAAGUAGUUUUGGGUGAUGAAUCAUUAUAAAUUCUGUUCUCAAUGUUGGUUCAGGCAUUGAGAUAAAAUUAUGAGUAAUUUUCAUUUGAAAUAUGUCCUGAACCUUUUAUAAAAAAUUCAGCAUGUUAUCUGUGACUUCUCUCAGCUUUUAUUGGGAUUUUUACCCACCUCUGAGAAGACCAGUAAGCAACAGUAAGAAAACAUUUAAGAUUUUUGAUCAAAUUUUGGUUCACAAGAGGCCUCCUGACCCAAAAAAGCAGCUAAACUGGAAGCCAGAAGAAUUUUACUUAAAAUGAGGUUGAAUUUUUAUUCUACAAUGCUUAAACAUUUCAGUGCUGUGCUUCUUGACUUGGAGGGAGGGCCUGGUCUCACCAGGAUCACACCAUUCAAGAUAGGAGUUUCAUUUCUGCUGCCUGCCCCCAAGAAGCCUCACCUCUCCUGGUUUUUCCUUUGGACUGUGAAAGCGUAUUUGUUCCUACACAAAAGGCUCCUCAUAAUAACCCACUCUCAUCUACCCCCACUUCUGAAGUAAUGUUACUUUGAAGUGUAUGUAGUAAAAUGUACUUUGGGGUAUGUGUGCGUAAGUUAGAUCAGUUCACUUCUGUCCAAAAUGAAGUACACGGUUUUAGAAAAGCUAGAGGUGGUGUGAGGGAAAGGAGCUUAUAUCAUGUUCCUCAGCAACACUGGGGGAUGAAGACAUGGCUUAGGUAGACCAGCUUGCGUAGCAUCACAACUAGUACCAGGAUUCAAAACCCCUUUACACUGUGAUAGACUGCCUUUGUGCUGUUCAGUCAACAUUAGUUAUAUUAGGUGAUGAGAUGCAAAGUUUAUAUAAUUACCUGUUUUCAAGGAGCUUACAGCUUUAAGCCUUUAUACGUAAUUUCCGCAGCAUUAAAAUUUUUAAAGUUGGAAUUAGGCAUUUCUAGACUACCAUGUCAAAGUUCAACUUGCAAUAUACUGAUUAAAGUGUC